AUGUCAGUAUCAAAGUAUCCCCUCGAAACAAUCACAACAAACCGAAGAGACUCUUUUACUUCCCUAAAUGAAUCAGACACCAGCCUAAUCUACACUAAAUACGAUCGUCCGAUAUCAGUAGAAGAAAAGGCUCUCGUUCGUAAGAUAGAUUGGUGUGUCUUACCUCUCAUCUGUCUAGUCAAUUUUCUUCAGUUUCUAGACAAAUCUGCAAUCAACUACGCCAAUGCUCUAGGCCUUCAAGUUGAUACUGGUUUAGUUGGAGACCAAUACAGCACAAUAGUCUCAUUAUUCUACCUGGGUUAUCUGUCCUACCAGCUUCCAAAUAAUUAUCUGUUGCAGCACGUCAAGAUUGGGCGGUACAUCGGAGUUCUGUUGGUUGCCUGGGGAUCCGUGUUGGCUGCAACAGCAUCUGCAAACAACUUUUCUCACCUGGCUGCCUUGCGCUUCUUGCUUGGAUUCACGGAGGGUGGUGUAUAUCCCUGUCUGAUCCUGCUCGUCAGUACUCUUUACCGUCGAUCAGAACAGACCUCCAGACUGGGUGCCUUUUGGCUGUGUAACGGUCUCGCUCUUUGUGCAGGCGGUUUUAUCAGUUAUGGUAUAGGCAAGAUUCCAUAUAUUCUCGGUCUACACCCAUGGCGAUGGUGCAUGAUCAUCCUUGGUGGUGUCACAAUUCUGGUUGGCUUUAUCUGCUUCUUCUUUUUGAUCGACGACCCACGUUCUCUGAAAUGGCGCCACAAUGCUGAAGAACAGAUCCUGGUGGAGGAGCGCAUUCGAGACAAUGCAGUGGUGCGGACCAACAAAGUUAAUUUUGCUCAGAUCAAGGAAGCCUUGCUAGAACCCCGGCUGUGGUGCUUCUGUUUCAUUAGUUUUCUGAUCAAUAUCCAGAACGGUGCCCUGACAAGCUACAGCACCACAAUUACCCAGGGCUUCGGCUACACAAACCUUGACGCAAUCUUACUCCAGACCCCAACCGGAAUCGUGGACGUGACUUACAUUAUACUUGCAGCCUAUGUCAGCCAGCGCACUGGCCAGGCAAUCUAUGUCGGCUGCUUUUGUCUGGCCUGCACUGCCCUGGGUCUCCUCCUGCUGGAGUUUAUCCCGAUCGACAAGUACAAACUCGUCGGGUUCUACAUCUGCUGGGGUUAUGCCGCAGCCUAUGUGAUGCUGCUCUCGGCCGCCACAACCAACGUGUCCGGAUUCACCAAAAAGAUCUUUUACAACGGACUCAUCAUGAUCUUCUACACCGCCGGAAACUUCACCGGCCCGUACAUGAUGGUCUCCAGCCAGGCUCCUAACUACAUUGGCGGCAUGAUGGGCUACGUUGGCGCAGACGUCCUGGCCAUCACUCUGUUCCUCAUCGCACGCUGGCAAAUGGCCAGGGUCAACAAGCGGCGCCUAUCUGAGCCACCUGCCGAAUGCAUAAACACCGAAGAAGACAUGACCGACAAACAAGAUGACAAUUUUAUCUAUCGUCUAUAA